AUGGCUUCCAGAGCAAUUUUGAGACGAAGGAAGCUUCUCUCUGAUUACCUCAAUGUUUCUGGUCGUUCAAUUCAAGCCCUGAGCCAUGGCCACUAUGCCAAAUACUCAGACGCAGGUCACUCAAGCUCUACACCAGAUACCCCUUUCAAAGACCCGGUCACCACAAAAUCCGACUCUGCAACAUUUACAAGACAUGAAGAAAUCAGAAACGCUUCCACACUCCCAUUCUUUACCCCGCAUAGAUUCUAUUCCACUACUGGAUAUGGAACAUUCGGACAUAUGUCACCUAUGAGGAUGAAUUUGGUAUUUCAAUCUUCAAAAUUUUCUUCAAUGGCCACAGCACAUCAACCAGAUAUGCGUGGUGAAGAUGAUGAUAAAGAACAAGUUUCUAAAAAGAGAAAGGAAGCAUCACCAGAGGAAUGUGAUCAAGCUGUUGAAGGUUUAAGCACUGCAAAAGCUAAAGUAAAAGCCAAACAAGUUACAGAAUCACAGAAGACUACUGCAAAAUCCAUUCUACAAAGAACAUGGGCAAUUCUAUUGGGGAUUGGCCCAGCUUUAAGAGCAAUAGCUUCUAUGAGCAGGGAAGAUUGGGCUAUAAAACUUGUUCACUGGAAAAACGAAUUUAUAUCAACAUUGAAGCAUUACUGGUUGGGUAUCAAGCUUCUUGGUGUUGAUAUAAAGAUCAGUUCAAGAUUGCUUCUUAAGCUUGCAGGUGGAAAGAGUCUUUCUAGAAGAGAGAGACAACAACUAACAAGAACAACAGCAGAUAUCUUUCGUCUUGUUCCUGUUGCUGUUUUCAUUAUUGUCCCUUUCAUGGAGUUCUUACUUCCUGUUUUCUUGAAACUUUUCCCCAAUAUGUUACCUUCUACCUUUCAAGACAAAAUGAAAGAACAGGAAGCAUUGAAAAGGAGGUUAAAUGCAAGAAUAGAAUACGCGAAAUUUCUUCAAGAUACUGUUAAAGAAAUGGCUAAAGAGGUCCAAAAUACUCGAAGUGGAGAAAUCAAGAAAACAGCAGAAGAUCUUGAUGAAUUUUUGAGCAAGGUGAGAAAAGGUUCUUCUGUUGCUAAUGAUGAAAUUUUGGGAUUUGCAAAGUUGUUCAAUGACGAGCUUACCCUCGAUAAUAUCAGCAGGCCUCGAUUAGUGAAUAUGUGCAAAUAUAUGGGAAUCCAACCUUUUGGAACAGAUGCUUACCUUCGUUACAUGCUCAGAAAAAGACUUCAAUGGAUUAAGAAUGAUGAUAAGAUGAUUCAAGCAGAAGGUGGUGUGGAUGCUCUUUCUGAAGAAGAACUUCGUGAAGAUUGUAGAGAAAGAGGCAUGCUUGGAUUACGUUCAGUUGAUGAAAUGCGUCAACAGCUUCGUGAUUGGUUGGAUUUGUCUUUGAAUCACUCAGUUCCAUCUUCACUCUUGAUUCUUUCAAGAGCAUUCACUGUUUCUGGGAAAUUAAAGCCUGAAGAAGUUGUGAGAGCCACAUUAUCUUCAUUGCCAGAUGAAGUUGUGGACACUGUUGGAGUUACUUCUUUGCCCUCUGAAGAUUCUGUUUCAGAAAGAAAAAGAAAAUUAGAAUUUCUUGAAAUGCAAGAGGAACUCAUCAAGGAGGAAGAAGAGAAAGAAGAAGAAGAACAAGCUAAAAUGAAGCAAUCGAUUGAAAACAACAAAGAUAUUGCAUUAGAAGAAAUGAUUAAUCCAACAUCUUCAGAAAUUCAAGAACAAGCAAGAGCAAGAGCUUUAGAAAAACAAGAACAGCUUUGUAAAGUCAGUGAAGCUUUAGCUGUUUUAGCUUCUGCAUCUUCUGUUAGCAGAGAGCGUGAAGAGUUUUUGAGGCUUGUUAACAAAGAGAUAAAUUUGUAUCAUAGUAUGAUGGAUAAUAAAGAAGGAAGGGAUGGUGAAAAGGAGAUCAUGAAGGCGUAUAAAGCUGCUCAUAUCCAUGAGGAAAUUGAUAAUUCAAGUGAGGAACAUGUAGAUGAUGAGGUGUCAUCAGCUCUUAUAAACAGGGUUGAUGCUAUGCUGCAAAAACUUGAGAAAGAAAUCGAUGAUGUGGAUGCGAAAAUUGGUGAUCGUUGGCGUGUUCUUGAUAGGGAUUAUGAUGGAAAAGUUACCCCUGAAGAAGUGGCAUCUGCAGCCAUAUACUUGAAAGAUACUUUAGGAAAGGAAGGUGUUCAAGAACUUAUUAGCAACCUUUCAAAAGAUAAAGAUGGGAAAAUACUUGUCGAAGAUAUAGUAAAGUUGGGGAGUAAGGCACAUGAUGUGGAUUGAUAUGAUAAUAAUUCACGAGUGUCAUUUACAAAUUUUUGCAUAUUGUAGAGAGAGAGGCUUAUGUGCUUUUUUUUUUUUUUGUCACGC